GUUAUCCAGGCUGUCUUUUUUGGCAUCUGUGUGCUCACCGAUCUUUCCAGUCUUCUGACUAGAGGAAGUGGGAACCAAGAACAAGAGAGACAACUCAAGAAGCUCAUCUCUCUCCGGGACUGGAUGUUAGCCGUAUUGGCCUUUCCUGUUGGGGUUUUCGUCGUAGCGGUGUUCUGGAUCAUUUAUGCCUAUGACAGAGAGAUGAUUUACCCGAAGUUGCUUGAUAAUUUUAUCCCAGGGUGGCUGAAUCACGGAAUGCACACAACGGUUUUGCCCUUUAUAUUAAUCGAGAUGAGAACAUCACACCAUGCAUAUCCCAGCAGGAGCAGUGGACUCGCCGCCAUAUGUACCUUCUCUGUUGGCUAUAUAUUAUGGGUGUGUUGGGUGCAUCAUGUAACUGGGAUGUGGGUGUACCCUUUCCUGGAACACAUCGGCCCAGGAGCCAGAAUCAUCUUUUUUGGGUCUACAACCAUCUUAAUGAACUUUUUGUACCUGCUGGGAGAAGUUCUGAACAGCUAUAUCUGGGAUACACAGAGAAGUAUGGAAGAAGAGAAAGAGAAGCCUAAACUGGAAUGAGAUCCAAGUUUAAACAGAAGGGCUGGAUUGAGCCGCCAUUGAAGAAGCGUUCUCCCCGGGCUUUGGCAGUGCCGAAGAGGAAACAUCAGAGAGAGCAGUGGAAUCUGCCUCCACCUCCCUGCCCCAGAGGGAGGACACCUUUUAUGGAGAAAUAUAUAUAAGAAUAGAAUACGGUUGUUUCCAAAAUAACUUGCCCUCAUUGUGUUUUAAA